AUGGACUUAGGAACGGUGAAGUUGAUCCUGGUGCUUUCAAGACGAUGGAACGUACCUGCACGCCAUGGUGACGUACCAAAUGCGUACGUCAAGGCGGAAAAGGAGGAGCAUUUGGAUAUUUACAUGAAAGUGCCGAAGGGGAUGAGUCUAGGCAAAAAAAAGGAGCUCAUAAGUCUGGGAGUCAAGCCUUCAAGCGAUUUGGAGCUACUGCUGAAAAGUCCUUGUAUGGGCUUGAGCAAGCUGGGCAGUUGUGGAGCAAACUACUUGACUCCAAGCUGCGACAAAGUGGGUUUCAGCGAUGCAUGA